CGAGAAGUCAUGACGCCUGUUGGCUGCGGUGGGCGCCCCCUCUGAGUGUUUUUCGCUGUUGAGGCGGCGGCUGCUCGGUGUCGACGGCGCGCCUCAGCUGCGAAUGAAUGGAGCGACUCGGUCGUGUGUGGACGCGGCUUUCCGUGCGUCGACCCACUUUGCCGGCGGUCGAACCGCCGGAAGAAGAUGACGAUGAUGAUCUUCCGCACACGAAGAACGCAGUGUUUGCGAUGUUCUCGGAGUCGACCUCGUCCAAACAUCGUCAAUCGGAGCUGUCUUCUCCUCGUGAACGAAUGGAUUCAGAUUCAGGGACGCGAUCCUCCGCGUCGCCUAAUCGGAAAACGCGGACACCGCUUCCGACGGGGAGCAAUGACACGACGACGACAUCGGCUCCAAAGUCUCUCUCCUCGGAAGCGACAGAAUCCCGAACAGGCAAACGUUCUCCUACUCCUAAGACUAGUCAGAACGUAACUGCACUAGGAGAAAAGCGCUCUGCGAGCUUUACAGAGGAGUCUACCAGCGUAAUGCAUACUACUACUCCCAUGCAAAGGAGUGUGGGACAUAAUGCAUCAGUGCGUAUUACUGAUUCCUCUGAUGUGGUGAAUCCUCGGCGGAACAGUGUAUUCGUUAAACGAGGAUCUGUCAGCAUGGAACCCAUCAAAAAAGUCUCCCUUGAGGACGUUUAUCAUGUUUAUAAACAGCUAGGAACGGGACGAUUCGGGUACAUAAAGCUCGCCGAGCAUAAGCAGUCAAAGCAGAAAAUUGCUAUAAAGUUUUUUCCGCGGCCUCAAAUAAAGCAGGUAGAUUUUGUUAGAGAGUACAAUUACUCUUUUUUCUUGUCUCCUCAUCCGCAAAUAAUCGAUACCUAUGAAGGAAUGUAUCAGGCAUCUGAUGAAUCGGCGUUCUUCUUUGUUCAAGAGUUCUGCCCGAGAGCCUCGCUGAGGGAAGCUGUGGAAGCAACAAAUCAGCAAGGUAUUGGGGAAGCGAAUACGAAAAAGGUCUUCGCUGCUGUUCUUUCUGCCAUAGAAUUCAUGCACGACGAGAAUCUUGUCCAUCGCAAUCUCAAAGCUGAAAACAUACUACUCUUCGACAGCCAUGAUCUUUCAAGGGCUAAGCUCACUGAUUUUGGAUUGACACGAAAAGUGGAUACAACUGUGAAGUAUCUGGAGUACGUAAACAACUACCACGCACCAGAACUUUGUGAGACUGUCGUCAACGAGGUGCUGACAGUGAACAAGAGCACGGAUAUUUGGGCUCUCGGUGUGAUCUUCUACUACUGUUUGAGGGGACGAUUUCCAUGGCAGAAAGCGUCGAUCAUGUGCAAGCCGUACUGGGAAUGGGAGCAGUGGCUGAAACGAAAGAAUCCAAAUCUUCCUAAGCGAUGGAUGCCUUUCAGCGAGAAAGCACUGAAACUUCUGAAAAAAACUCUCACACCACGUGCGAAGGAUCGUUGGACGGCAAAAGAACUGCGAAAAUGUAUAGCAAAGGAAAAAUUGUUGAAGCCACCGAAGGAAGACGAUGAAGAUGUGUUUGUGUAUGUGCCCAGUGAAUUUGUUAAGCAUGACCAAACCAAAGAUGAUGGUAAAAAAAGAAGCGCGCUGCAGCACUGGAUCAGUUCGACUCUAUCUGCGAUGGCCGAAAUCAGCGAACAGGUUGUUUCGGCUCGCGAUGAUUGAAUGUGUGUGGGCUUCAAAGCUCUUUUGUACUGAACGCGGAACUCAACUCACUUCGCACUCGAUCACAUGGUUCUCGUUAUUGUCCAUAUGUGUGUUAUUUUAUAAUUCUUGGUUCUGGCAUUCGACCAGUACAUUGGCGAUCCUUCUUUUCUCAAUGCAAAACCUCGCUCCUUUUUGCUUUACUGCUCAAGGUUCACUAUACAUUGUCUUUUCUGUGCCAAGUUCAUCAAAAUAUGUAGGUCUUCAUAAGUUAUGCCUUUCUGAACGAUACUGUGUUUUGAGGCGAACAUGGCUCCUUAACUUCUAUUUAACGAGCCUUGAUAUAAUUUCUUUACUGAUAUCUGCCCCGAGUUCGCCAUUUCAGAAAUUGUGACAUAUUUGAAUGUGGAU